AUGACCUAUUUGGUGUAUGGUGUUGCGAUCAGUGCGAUGUUGGUUACCGCGUUCGGAGCCUUCACCGAUCACUCGAAGAAGAUCUGCAUCAACAAGUACAGUGUCACCUGUUUGAAGCUGGAAAUCGUAUCCUUCCUGGAGCGGAUAUCGGACCAGUCCGAGUACAACCUGAUGUCCGGAGUGAGCGUGGUACGGGACUCGGAUUCGAAUGUGACAAAGACGGCAGAAAUUAUUGCCGAGGUGUCCAGGAUUUUUCCCAAGGACCCGAACAAAAGACUGGAUGAGUUUUUGAUCGUAAAGUUGAACGAUUAUUUGAAAAGUCACUCGCUGCGGUUGAAGCUGAUGGACGGGGAAGCCAUGGAGAAGGCACGGGAUUUGUUCGAGGGUCGCAAGGGGAAGAAGGGCAAGAAGGGUGGACUGGAGGCGAUGAUUGCCGCUGCUAUGAUGAUGAAAGGAACGCUCGGUGCCAUCGCACUGGGAACGCUGGCCCUCAUAGCUGGAAAAGCGCUGAUGACCGGUCUGCUUGCGUUGACACUUGCCACCAUAGUGGGCCUCAAAUCGCUAGCCGGUGGUGGCGGCGGUGGUGGACACAAGUCCACAACCUACGAGAUCGUAGCAAAACCGGUCUAUUCGCAUGCUGAAACGGAGGAAAUCAGUCACCAUCAUGGCGAUUUUGGGGGUGCCACCGCCGGUUGGAAACGCUCGCAGCGAUUAGUGCAGCCGGAGUAUUAUGCACACGAGGGACACUGA